CAAAAGAAGGUUGCCGUCAUCACCUAGCAACAAGCUGUUUAUGUUUUCGACAAGCUGAUGACAUAAAUCGAAUAAUCCAAAUUUCUUUCAAAUUCCGAAUGGAUCAAAAUUUUCGCAAGUUCUGAUGAUUAACACUCGAAGAUGAAACGAUUAAGGAACGACAACACUCCCGAUGACUUCAAGAGCCAAAGCAAUGUCAGCGACACCAGGAACACCAACAAAUACCGAACAGGUAGAGUCACCUGCAAUCCUUUUCUGAAUUUCAUGCGAGACAUGAGGAAAAACUCCAGAGGCAUGACGAUCACGCAGAUGGCUGUCAAAGGGGCUGAUAUCUGGAAGAAGAUGGACUUCGACGCGAAGCAGCCCUAUUGCUUGCUGGCCAAGCAAGCCAGGAGUGCUAUCAAGAAGAGUUCUAGAAGAAAGGGUCGUAAGAAGAGACGUAGGGGUAGUAGAUUCAGGACCCGCUCUAGGGCGAGAAGUCACAGUAGAUCGAGGAAGAGGUCGAGGUCUAGAAGAUCAAGGUCAAGGUCUAGGAGGAAGAGUCGACGUCGGAACUAAAAAGUAAUAUUUCAUUGAAGUCAUUAUUACAAGUUUUGUGGAAUAUAUCAGUGAUCAAAAUA